CAAGUUUGGGACCCUAGAAGAAACCCAAAGGACCGGUCGCAUAUAAUGCCCAUCAUUACUCCCGCUUAUCCUGGUAUGAACUCCAGUUAUAAUGUCUCUGCAAGUACAUUGCGGAUUAUGACAGGAGAGUUUCAGAGAGGAAAAGAAAUAUGUGAGGCUAUGGAAACAAACAAAGCUGAUUGGGAUACCCUUUUUGAGCCAUUUGCAUUUUUUGAAGCGUAUAAAAACUAUCUUCAGAUAGACAUCUCUGCUGCAAAUGUCGAUGAUCUAAGAAAAUGGAAAGGCUGGGUUGAGUCACGUCUCCGGCAGCUCACACUGAAGAUCGAGAGACAUACUUAUGAUAAGCUUCAAUGCCACCCUCAUCCCCAUGAUUUUCAAGACUCAUCCCGACCACUCCAUUGCUCUUACUUCAUGGGUCUGCAGCGUAAACAAGGAGUUCCUGCAGCAGAAGGCGAGCAACAAUUUGAUAUUAGAAGAACGGUCGAGGAGUUUAAACACACAGUUAACGGUUACAUGUUGUGGAUUCCCGGGAUGGAGAUUAGUGUCAGCCAUAUAAAGCGGAGAAGCUUACCUAAUUUUGUGUAUCCUGGUGGAAUUAGACCUUCACAUACCUCUAAAGGAACAUGGGACAGCAAACGCCGUUCAGAGCAUAGAAAUUCUUCUACAUCAAGUGCAACAGUUUCUCAUACAACUACGACUGAAAUGAGUUCUGAAAGUAAAGCUGGUUCGAACAGUCCAGGAGAUGGGAAGAAGAGAAAAUGGGGACAUGAUGAAACACUGACCGAUCAGCCAAGGCCCUCUAAACACGUUGCUGUUUCAGUACCUGUAGAGAAUUCUGAAGGCGGGAGCCCGAAUCCAUCUGUUGGAUCCAUUUGUUCAAGUCCUAUGAAAGAUUAUUGUACAAACGGUAAAUCUGAUCAUAUUAGUAAGGAUCAAGUAGAUAAUGUUUUCAGUAAGGAUCCACCAAUAGAGAAGAUAGCCACUCCUCAAGCUCCUAGUCAAGAAACUGAGGAGCUUGAAGAAAUUGGUGAUUUUGGGAAUCAAAUGAUACAGCAGAUAACUCCCAAAGAUGCAAUCUCGAUGGUUACUGCAACUAUACCUCCAUUGGAAGCUACUGCUUUGAAUGGCUCUCUAUUCUCCAAUGAAGCAGUGGAAGAACUCGAGGUUCUUCCCAUGCGACAGCCUGAGGCGGCACAUAGAGCUUCAGUACAACAGCGGAAACCGAUAAUUAAAUUGAGCUUCACAUCUCUAGGCAAAACCAAUGGCAAGUAAUAAUGGUGUUUUCCCUACAUUGCCAAGAAUCUCAGCAUGUACCCGAUAUUCAAGAUGUUAGUCGAAGGGUUCUCUAUGUAAAAGAAGAGUCUUCUUAUAUUAUGUUACUUUUCUUAGAUGUUGCAAGUCCUAAAUACUUUGAUCUCAUGUAAAACUCGUUUGGAUAAGAUUAAUGUAAUGUGUUCUCUCGUCUAUCCGAAACA